AUGGCUCCAAACAUUCUCAUUACCGGAGUCACUGGGUAUGUCGGCGGAACCGUCUUCAACACCAUCGUGACCGCUCACCCGGAGUACAACAUCACCGUCCUCCUCCGCAACCCGCAGCCAUCAUUCUCUGAGAAGUACCCGAACGUGAAGGUUCUCAAGGGCGAAUUUGGGGACUUCGAGCUCUUGAAGGAUGCCGCAUCAAAGGCAGACGUUGUAGUCCACCACGGCGACUCUGAUAACGUGGCCGCGGUGCGCGCCCUCCUGGCAGGCGCGAGCGAGCGCGCGGCCGCCUCGCUGCCCGCCUUCUACAUCCACCUCGGCGGCACGGGCAUCAUCGUGCAGUACGAGAACCUCGGCGAGCUGCACCCCAAGGUGUGGUCCGAUAUCGGCGACAUCGAGACUCUCUGGUCCAUGCCGGAGGCGACGCUCCACCGCAACACCGAGCUGCUCAUCCAGGAUGCUUGGACCGCACGCGGUGUCAAGACGGCGGUCGUGUGCCCGCCUAUGAUCCACGGACGGGGCACGGGGCCUGGGCGUACCGACAGUAUGGUCUUCCCGGCGCUCGUGUCUGCAAGCGUUCAGACCGGGUCCACUUUCUACUAUGGGAGCGGAACCAACAUCUAUUCCAAGGUGCAUAUCGAGGACGUGGCCCAGGUGUUCUCGAAGCUCGUCGAAGCUGCUGCCAACGGGGGCGAGGGGGCUGACUGGGGACAUGACGGCUACUAUUUCUUGACAAGCGAGGAAGUCAACCAGAAGGAUAUUGCCGUCGCCGCAGGCAAGAUCCUCAAGCAAAAGGGCCUGGUGCCCACCGAGGAGCCAAAGCAGCUCACACUCGAAGAGCUCGACUCGCUGCUGCCGCAGAGCCGCUUCCCGGGCGUCGCGCGACUCGCCUUCGCGUCAAACUCCCGGUCCACCCCGGACCGCACGAAGAAGGUUUUGUCAUACGUGCCGCGGGGGCUGUCAUACAUGGACAGUCUGGAGGACGACAUUAGCCGGGCGGCGCGCCGGUGAUCCAGGUGCAUCCCUAGGAGAACACUUCAAGCUACUUCCUUGAUGAGCUUCAAGAGUUCUUUGUGUGUGUGUGUGUAUGGGGGAGAGGUGGAGAUGUGCAACACAUAGGCGUAGAGGCGUCGCAUCACCACGGCACGGAACGGGC